GGGAGAACUGGCUACCGGCGGUGACAUGGCGGCAGCCUCGGCGAUUGCAGCGACCAGGGGGAAUGGGGGUGGUGGUGGCCGGGCCGGCGCCGGCGAAGCCAGCGGCACGCGGAAGAAGAAGGGCCCGGGGCCUCUUGCCACCGCGUACCUGGUCAUCUACAAUGUGGUCAUGACGGCAGGGUGGCUGGUUAUAGCAGUGGGUCUGGUGAGAGCGUACCUGGCUAAGGGCAGCUAUCACAGCCUUUAUUAUUCAAUUGAAAAGCCUUUGAAAUUCUUCCAGACUGGCGCCUUGUUGGAGAUUUUACACUGCGCAGUAGGAAUUGUACCAUCUUCUGUCGUCCUGACUUCUUUCCAGGUGAUGUCAAGGGUUUUUCUAAUAUGGGCAGUAACACAUAGUGUCAAAGAGGUGCAAAACGAAGACAGUGUCCUCCUGUUUGUUGUUGCUUGGACAGUCACAGAAAUUAUCCGUUACUCCUUUUACACAUUCAGUCUGUUAAACCAUCUGCCUUACCUCAUCAAAUGGGCCAGGUACACACUUUUCAUUGUACUGUACCCAAUGGGAGUAUCAGGAGAGUUGCUUACAAUAUACGCGGCUUUGCCCUUUGUCAGACAGGCUGGCCUGUAUUCCAUCAGUUUACCUAACAAAUACAAUUUCUCCUUUGACUAUCAUGCAUUCCUGAUUUUGGUAAUGAUCUUUUACAUUCCACUUUUUCCCCAGUUAUACUUCCACAUGAUAUACCAGAGGAGAAAGGUCCUUUCGCAUACUGACGAACACAGGAAAUUUGAAUAGCUCCUGCUCUUUUCCAAAAACAAAGCAAAAACUUUUCAACGAUCAAAAAAUGCUGCAGACUUUUUGAGUUCCCACGACGUUUCAUAGAAUAUAAGUAAGAACUAUUUUUAAAAUAUUAAAGAAAACAAAACAAAAACCAAAAUCCAGUGUCACAUUGGUCUGGGAUUUUAUUUAAAAAAAAAAAAGAAGAAGUAGGCUGUUACAUAAAACAUCCUGGCUGGCCCAUUUCAGCAUGCUCUUUCUACCAGAAAUUCCCAUAUACAGGAUGGCCAUAGAAAGGUAUUUGGCAUUUUGUAUCCUCCUGUCUCUGUCACGUAUCUGGUAAAUAACAAUCUGUAACGUGAAACACAUGAGAGUUCCAGUCUGCGUGAUGAAGUGCCAGCCGAAUGCCAGCUUGCAGUAGAGUUAUCGUUCCGUCUGCAGUGUGUUCGCAUUCCCCUUUCAAAGUGCUUGACUGCAUGCUGGAAACUAUUCGUAUAUUCCAAGUGGCAAACUUUGUUCUCUGGAAUGCUCCGAAGUCAUGGCCGGGAUCUAUCCCCUCAUAUCUAGUGAAUGAAUUAUAAAAUGUGUAUGCCUGUGAAGCUUUGGGGUAGUGCCCGUAAUCAGAAAACAACUAUAGAACCCUUUUGUUUGUCUUCAAUUGAGUCAUCGCUGCCUGCCACUAAGGAACGUGCUUGAAUUUACUAAGUAUGUGUACACCGUAAAGAACCUACCUUCUCUAGGGCUCAGCCUCAUCAUAUUUUAAUAAAAUGACAGCUCUCAGAAACGGAAAGAUCAAUAGCUACUAAAUGACAGUACCUUUUCCAGUACAGGUCUCAGAAUACCUCUAAGUAAUGUAAUUGCCAGUAGCUGUUCUGAUUUAUAGACCUAAAACCAAUCUAGUCCCAGAAGAGUAGGGCACACAAAGGUAUUGCUUUAGAAAUAUAGUCCAGAAAAACAUCCAGGGAUAGGUUUAUACACUGCUUUUUUAAUUUUGUUUUAAAAUUUUCAUUCAACUCUUCCACUUUAGAUCCUUUUCCUAAUUGUGAUCCUAUUUUAAUUCCCACCCAGUCGUUUUAAGUUCAGAAGCAGUGAAAUGUUCAAGGGGGCCAGCCAUGAGUUACAUCCGUGCCGCCGGGGCAGCCAAGACGUAUCUUGGCCAUAUGGACAUUGUCUAAUUAACAUCCUACCUUCCACCAUUUAAUGGCUCAACCGUGCUUUGAAAACCCCUCAAGAAAGAGUUGUAUGAAAAUGUAAAGCCCAAGCUUAGGCAUGUAUUAGAUUUUAAUUUUGUGUUCUUUGUUCAGGUGUUUUUUUUUUUUGGUUGAUCUAUAAAACUUGAAAAGUCUUGCUUACUGAGUAGCUAUUUUGAAAUGUAAUUGCUAAUAUCAGAGGAGUGCCGUGAUGGGAAACUAAUUUUUCAAAUGCAGAUUUCAUGGAACCUUGAAAAUUAAGGAGAAAAUCUGCAGCCUAAAAUUUAAUGCAGGCAGGUGUGUAAUAAAUUAAUUUGAAGUGCACAUCAAAAUUCUCCUUCAAUUCAGCGCUCUUACCUUGGGUGUGGUGGGAUGAGAGUCUGUUCUUGUACUUGAUAGACAAAAGAUGUGGGGGAGACAGUGUCUCAUGCUUCUCUUUUUUUUCUUCCAAAAGGUAGUUCUACUGUAAAGUAGAAUCAAUUCGGGUAUAUCAGCCUUAUUUGGUUAAAAUGUUUUCAGUUGUUUUUGAGAUCGUUGCAGAAGAAGGGUUAAAACACGUAGGUCUUCCAGGAUUGCUGAGACUGGGGUUUUUUUCAAGCCUGCAUUACAGUUCGUCCCCAUUUAUGAAAAACAACCUGUCACAAACAGGGGUUUUGUAUCAAAUUGAACUCUGGCAACAAGAACAGAGCAGACAACUCCCUCUUUCAAAAAAGGGUCUCAGCCCUCAUGUGUAUUUUCUACAUCAGCAUUUAAAAUACUUGUGGCAGAUAAGUAUGGCAUGUCACUGUGUCCUUCCAUAACCUCUCACAGUAGCUGGUUUCUCUCUCCCUAACACGAGUUAAUUUCUCCUUGGAAGUGGCGGUGUUCUUUUAUAAACUGAGAAGAUCCAACCCCACGGAAUGUCACAUCCUCUUACAAGGUGUGAGGGAGGAGUGCGAUGUUUCGGUGGGUAUUUUGUCAGACUUAGCGGUGUCAUCUCAGAGCGUAGCCGAAGGCGUCAUCGCCUAGGCUGCCCAGGCUGCCCGCUCGGCUGUGAGCUUCAGUCCCCCCCCGCCCCCAGGGGCCUUCUUUUGGCAGAGGGAAUCCUUUGAGGGACAGGUAGUGCUUUGUGGACAGGAGCUGCUAAUCCGUCUACAUCCUGCACUGUUCUGUUUGCCAGGGUUGGGCUCAUGCAUUCAACGGAGGCACCAUAGAGAGUUCAGCAUGGAAUAAAGCACCAGCCUCUCAGGCAAAAGGGUUCCUGGGGAGAGAACUUCCAGUAGGACAACUUGAAAGAUGUAGAUGAAGAAAUCACGCCCUCCUUUUUUCUUUUCUUUUUUUUCUUUUUGUUAUCCGUUUAUAAUAAAAGGUUGGCAUUGAUGUGGUCCAACCUGCAAAUUAUUUUCACUUCUGGGUUUCAGAUAAAAACAUUAUAAGGCAUCAAAUUCAGUACCUACUGCUUUUUUGAAAUUUGGGCGAAAAAAUGAUACAACCAUAUAUAUAGUCAUUUUUGUAUUUUUUCUAUGUUGUGAGAACCAAAAUUGUAGUUUUAUAAGUCUUUGAUUCACUAAAAUUAUAUAAUUUAAAUGUAUUUUUUGUAUAUUUAGAAAUAAGGAGUUCAGAGACUGUGCUUAACUUUCUAUGCCUGCAUUCCGAAGCUGUUUUUACCUGAUACAGUUACUGUAGUAGGAAGUUGUAUUCAUCAAACACUGAUCUGUGUUGCAUUUCAAAAUAAACUGGUGUGUGCUCUGCCUGGAAUUGAAA